AUGGAAAAUAUCUAUGUUUUUACUCUUCUUGCCCUUCCAUAUAUAACUUCUCACAAUAUUCAUAAGUUUGGUGGGUUAGCUCAUCUUCUUAUAGGCAUUCUUAGAAACGAAUUCUCUCUCUCUCUCUUUCUACAGCUUUAUCUCUCUCUCACUAUUUUCCUGUCUAUCUUCUUCAUGGAAUUGCCAAUGAAGAGGCCUAUUUCAGGUGAUCAGAGAAGCCAUUACAGAAUAGAAGCAAAAAAUCUUUGUUACAAAAUAAGUGAGAGUUUUGAUGGGUUGAAUUGGGUGUGUGGUGGUGGUGGUGGGAGUUCAAAGAGAGGCCCAAAGUUCAUUUUGAAGAAUGUAAAUUGUGAGGCCAGAGCUGGGGAGAUUACAGCCAUUGCUGGUCCUAGUGGGGCUGGCAAAACAACGUUGCUAGAGAUUCUUGGAGGAAACAUACCUUUGAAGAAGAUUUCAGGCCAAGUGCUUGUAAAUGAUCAGCAUAUGCUUGAGAAAAUGUUCCCAAGAAUUUCAGGAUACGUCACGCAGGACGAUGCACUUUUCCCAUUCCUCACAGUUGAAGAAUCACUUAUGUACAGUGCUCUACUGAGGCUUGCUGGUGGGAGAAAAGAGGCUGAAUCUAGAGUGAGGAGGUUGAUGAAAGAUCUUGGGUUGGAACAAGUAGCAGGAUCGAGGGUUGGAGGAGGAUCAAACCGAGGCAUUUCAGGAGGUGAAAGACGGAGAGUUUCGAUUGGAGUUGAAUUGGUUCAUGACCCAGCUGUGAUUUUCAUUGAUGAACCCACCUCAGGGUUGGAUUCAGUCUCAGCACUUCAUGUUAUGUCAGUGCUUAGAAGAAUGGUCAUUAGCCAAGGUAAGACUGUUCUUUUAACCAUCCAUCAACCUGGUUUUCGAAUCCUUGAACUUUUCGAUCGUCUAAUUCUGCUUUCUAGUGGAGUUGUGAUGCAUAAUGGAUCACUGGAUCAUCUUGAGGAGAUGCUUAAGCUUGCUAAUCAUCAGAUCCCUCACCAUGUCAAUGUGCUUGAAUUUGCCAUUGAUGUUGUGGACAGCUUGGCUAUGCAUACUUCAGAAACUUUCAACAGACUCCAUUACCUACAAAACAGGGUUGAGAAUCAGACAAUAAGAGUUCCACGCCUCGACAAGGACGAAGAACAUAUUUCUUACCAGAAUUCUAGAUCCAAGGAAGUUGUAAUACUAGGACAAAGAUUUUUCAAAAACACAUUUAGGACCAAACAACUCUUUGCUACAAGAGUCAUUCAAGCCUUGGUGGCUGGAGUAGUACUUGGGACCAUAUUCUUCAAAACUGGGAAUAAUAAUGGCAGAACUGCAUUGCAAACCCGGCUCGGGUUUUUUGCCUUUAGUCUCACUUUCUUGCUAUCUUCAACAACAGAGGGGCUUCCAAUCUUCUUGAGAGAGAGAAUGAUCCUGAUGCGAGAGACAUCGAGAGGUGCUUACAGAGUAUCUUCCUAUGUUCUAGCAAACACCCUUAUCUUUCUCCCAUUCCUUUUGAUGGUCUCUCUUCUCUUUGCAGCCAGUGUUUAUUGGUUGGUUGGCUUUAAAAAUGAAGUUUCUGGGUUCUUUUACUUCUCUCUAGUCGUUUGGAUGGUCGUUCUAAUGUCCAAUUCAUUCGUAGCAUGUUUCAGUGCUCUUGUUCCAAAUUUCAUUACAGGAAACUCAGUAAUAGCAGGGCUAAUGGGUUCUUUCUUUCUCUUUUCUGGUUACUUUAUCUCAAAGAAGAACAUCCCCAACUACUGGAUUUUUGUGCACUAUUUGAGUCUUUUCAAGUACCCAUUUGAGUGUUUCUUGAUAAAUGAGUAUGGAGGAGAACAAGGGAAGGGAAGAUGUAUCGAGUCCAAAGAAGGAGUAUGUACAACAUAUGGCGAAAUGUUCUUAAGACAACAAGGUCUAAAAGAGUCACAGAAAUGGACCAAUUUGGCAGUAAUGUUGGGAUUCAUUGUUGGGUACAGAAUCCUCUCUUUUGUGAUCUUGUGGUACAGAUGUAACAAAAUCAGAAGCUAG